ACAAAGAUGAAUUCGCAGAAGCUGGCAUUUAAGUUAAACUAUUUUAUUUUUUCCAAUUACGUUAUCAUUUGCUCUAUUAUAUGAAGAGAACCUCUGAAGCCAAUUAAUGACAAUAUUUUCUCAUCUUCAUAUCUUGUUUAACAAAGCAUACCAAGAUCAAAUUAGUUGAAGAGGUUGAAAGAGUGCGAGAUGGGGAAAGAUAUGCAGAAGCAACACAACGACCAUGAUGAUGAUGGUUCAUUUAAACUAGUCGGUCAUGCGAAUUUCAUAAGAAAAAAUCCAAAAUCUGAUCGAUUUCCAGUCAAAUGUUUUCACCACCUCGAGUUUUGGUGUGCUGAUGGAAUCAAUGUGGCUCAACGAUUUUCUUACGGACUUGGCAUGCCGAUUACAGCAAAAUCUGAUCUUUCCACGGGGAAUAUGGUGCAUGCAUCUUAUCUUCUCCAUUCAGGUGAUCUAAACAUCCUUUUCACUGCUCCUUACCCUCCUUCAGUAGCUCAAAUGCUAAUUCACACUAUUAGUAGCACUGCCACCAUCCCCACCUUUAAUAGUUCAACGGCAUACGCUUUUUCCAUUGCACAUGGUCUCGGUGUCCGAGCAAUUGGCAUAGAAGUCGAAGAUGCAGAAUCUGCCUUCAAUAUCAGCGUUUGUUAUGGUGCCAGACCGUCACAUCCUCCUGUGGAAAUCAAUAAUGAUAUAAUCAUCUCAGAGGUUGAACUUUAUGGGGAUGCUAUACUGCGCUUUAUAAGCUUUAAAAACUCAAAUCCUGGUGUCAAUUUCCUACCAGGAUUCAAAGAUAUAAAUGAUGAGGAACCGCUGGCUUCUAAAGACUUGGAGGAUUUGGGGAUACGAGGCUUGGAUCAUGUAGCAGGAAACGUAGUGAAUUUGGCUGAAGCUAUUAGUUAUGUAAAAAUGUUUUCUGGGUUUCACGAGUUCGCUCAGUUUACCAUAGAUGACAUAGCAGGAGUAAUUGAGAGCGGUAUGAAUUCAACGGUACUGGCGAAUAACGAAAUAUCAGUGUUGCUAACAAUAACGGAACCGGUUCAUGGGACCGAAAGAAAGAGUCAAAUUCAGGCAUAUCUGGAACACAACCAAGGUGAAGGAAUAGCACACAUGGCAUUUACUAGUAAGGAUAUUUUUACGACAUUGAAAGAGAUGAAAAAAAGAAGUCGUCAUGGGUUUGAAUUCAUGCCGCCGCCACCAACAACCUAUUAUAAAAAUUUGAAGCAAAGAAUUGGAGAUAAUGUUUUGAAAGAUGAGCAGAUAAAAGAAUGUGAAGAGUUUGGGAUUUUAGUAGAUAAAGAUGAUCAAGGUGUUCUACUUCAAAUCUUUACCAAGCCUGUGGGUGAUAGGCCAACAGUACUGCUAGAGAUAAUACAACGGAUUGGAUGCAUGGAGAAAAAUAAAGAAGGUAAUACUGUUCAGAGAGGAGGAUGUGGAGGAUUUGGGAAAGGAAACAUCUCAGCUCUUGUUAAAUCUGUCGAAGAAUACGAAAAGAACACUUUUCACGACUCACAAUAAGUACAACCAUAGAAGCUAAUCUAUCAGACGAUAUAUUGAUAUGGAUUGAAUUCGGAAACCGAGUUGAAGUGUAAACCACUAUCCAAAUGAUCAAGUUCCCUAUUCUGAAAGAUAAAUAAGGUGUAGUAGUAUCGAAGACAAGUAUGAAUCGCCAUUAUUUAUUAACAAAAUUGAAAUAGAUAGAGCUGAGUUGAUCCGGCCCCUACGACAAUGUGUCGAGUAUCUGUGUUGGCGUUACCAACCAAUUUGUGUAGUCUUCCGACCUCGCCUGCAAAAUCUGACUCCAGGAACCAAACAUACAUUGCUUAUGU